CCUUACGCCGCUUCAGGAACAUGUGCAGCGCGUUGCAUCAGAUUAGUUUCGGUACGACAGCGAGUUGUGCUUAGUGGCGAGUGAGGUAGCAUGAGCUUUGACUUUUUAACUGACGUCUCAUACUUGGAAAACUAAGGUAGAGAUGGACACGCUAUACGUCUCCCCUCACCCUGAUGACUUCCGGAGCCUCCUGGUCCUGAUUGCUGCUGAGUACUGCCCUUCAUGCCCACGCAUCCUCACCAGUGAGCCACCAGAAGGCCACAGCAGGACACGACCUGCUCUCCUCUUAGGCAGCAAUGGCACGCUCCUGACUGGGGCCAGUGCGGUCAGCUGGUACCUGUCCUCUUUGGUGGGGAAGAGAGACGCAAAGACGGUCAGCCAGCUUUGGCAGUGGUUGAGCUUUGCCGAGAACGAGCUGGCUCCUGUGUCCUGUGCCGUUGUCUUUCCGCUCCUGGGGGUGACUGGAGUGGGCAAGCAGGUCCAGCAGAACUCACGAUUAGAACUGAAGCGAAUUCUGGGAAUACUGGAUCAGACCUUGCAACCCAGAACAUUCCUGGUCGGGGAGACGAUCUCCUUGGCCGACAUCGCACUGUCCAUGGCUGUUCUGCUGCCCUUUAAAUACGCAUUGGAGCCCUCAGAUAGACAGUCCCUAAUUAAUUUAACCAGGUGGUUUGUCACCUGCAUUAACCAGCCCCAGUUUGCAAAAGUCCUUGGUGAAAUCAGAUUCUGCGAGAAAAUGGUUCCUGUGUUGUCCAAAACCAGCCCCGCCAGCAGUGGUCCUGCCCAUGCCCCGCUGGCCAAUGGCACGGCUGCCAGCAGCACACUGGCCAAUGGCACGGCUGCCAGCAGCACACUGGCCAAUGGCACGGCUGCCAGCAGCACACUGGCCAAUGGCACGGCUGCCAGCGAUAAACCCAAGACAGAAGCCCAGCUCAAGAAAGAGGCAAAAAAGAAGGAGAAAAUGGAGAAGUUCCAGCAGAAGAAGGAACUGGAGGAAAAGAAGAAACAGCAGCCUCAGACGGAGAAAAAGGCCAAGCCUGAGAAAAAGGAGUUGGGAGUGAUCACUUACAACAUCUCUACCCCUGCUGGCGAGAAGAAAGAUGUCCUGAGCCCCCUGCCAGACUCGUACAGCCCCCAGUAUGUGGAGGCUGCCUGGUACCCUUGGUGGGAGAAGCAGGGAUUCUUCAAGCCUGAAUAUGGGCGCAAGAGAAUCAGCGAACCCAACCCCCGAGGGAUGUUCAUGAUGUGUAUCCCUCCGCCAAAUGUGACAGGAUCUCUCCACCUGGGUCAUGCCCUUACCAACGCCAUCCAGGACUGCCUGACGCGAUGGCACAGGAUGAUGGGGGAGAUGACCUUGUGGAACCCGGGCUGCGACCACGCCGGCAUCGCCACACAGGUGGUCGUGGAGAAGAAGCUGAUGAGAGAGCGUGGCCUGAGCCGACACGAUCUAGGGAGGGAGAACUUCAUCCGGGAGGUGUGGAAGUGGAAGAAUGAGAAGGGAGAUCGGAUCUAUCAUCAGCUGAAGAAGCUGGGCUCCUCUCUGGACUGGGAUAGAGCGUGUUUUACCAUGGAUCCGAAACUAUCCUAUGCAGUCCAGGAGGCCUUCAUCCGGCUACACGAUGAUGGCGUCAUCUACAGGAGCAAGAGGCUGGUGAACUGGUCCUGCACCCUCAACUCUGCCAUCUCCGACAUAGAGGUGGACAAGAAGGAGCUGACUGGGAGGACGCUGCUGCCAGUUCCAGGAUACAAAGAGAAAGUGGAGUUUGGGGUCUUGGUGACCUUUGCUUACAAAAUUGAAGGAUCAGAUGAAGAAGUCAUUGUGGCAACUACCCGUAUUGAGACUAUGUUAGGAGAUACUGCUGUCGCUGUCCACCCCUCUGAUGCCAGAUACCAGCAUCUUAAAGGGAAGAUGGUCAUUCAUCCUUUCUGUGACCGGAAGAUGCCCAUCGUCUUCGACGAAUUUGUAGACAUGAGCUUCGGGACAGGUGCCGUGAAGAUCACUCCAGCCCAUGACCACAAUGACUAUGAUGUCGGAGUGAGGCACAAGCUGGACUUCAUUAACAUCUUGGAUGAGAAUGGCUAUCUCAUCAACGUGCCAGCUCCGUUCCUGGGAAUGAAGAGGUUUGCUGCCAGGAAGGCUGUGCUUCAGGCCCUGAAAGACAAGGGACAGUUCAAGGAGAUCAAAGACAACCCCAUGGUGGUGCCGGUUUGCAGCCGCUCCAAGGACAUCGUGGAGCCCCUGCUGAAGCCCCAGUGGUACGUCAGCUGCACAGACAUGGGCCGGCAGGCGGCGGAUGCGGUCCGGGAGGGCAGGCUCAAGAUCAUCCCUGACCAUCACCUCAAGACUUGGUUCAACUGGAUGGACAACAUCAGGGACUGGUGCAUUUCCCGGCAGCUUUGGUGGGGUCACAGGAUCCCCGCUUACUUCAUCACAGUCGACGACCCUUCUGUCCAGCUUGGCGAGGACACGGAUGGCCGCUACUGGGUCAGCGGCAGGACUGAGGAUGAGGCCAAGUCGAAGGCCGCCGAGCGCUUUGGGGUCCCGCCUGAGAGGAUCACCCUCCGGCAGGACGAGGACGUGCUAGAUACCUGGUUCUCCUCUGGAAUCUUCCCCUUCUCCAUUUUCGGCUGGCCCAACGAGUCGGAGGACUUGAGCGUGUUCUAUCCCGGGACUCUACUGGAGACGGGCCAUGACAUCCUCUUCUUCUGGGUGGCCCGGAUGGUCAUGCUGGGGAUCAAAUUGCUGGGGAAACUGCCCUUCAAAGAGGUGUACCUGCAUGCCGUGGUGAGGGAUGCCCACGGGAGGAAGAUGAGCAAAUCCCUGGGUAAUGUCAUCGACCCCCUGGACGUUAUCACCGGCAUUUCACUGGAGGGCCUCCACGCACAGCUCCUGGACAGUAAUCUGGACCCAGUGGAGAUUGAGAAAGCCAAACAGGGGCAGAAGUCUGACUACCCCAGUGGCAUCCCAGAAUGCGGGACUGAUGCCCUCCGGUUUGCACUGUGUGCCUACACCAGUCAAGGUAGGGAUAUCAACCUGGAUGUGAACCGGAUCCUCGGCUACCGACAUUUCUGCAACAAGCUGUGGAACGCUGUGAAGUUCGCCAUGAAGGCGCUCGGCGAGAAGUUUGUGCCGGCUGCAAAGGCCCAGCUAUCGGGCCAGGAGAGCGUGUCGGAUCGCUGGAUUCUCUCCAGGCUGUGUGCGGCCGUCGGACUGUGUGGGGUCGGGUUCCAGGGCUACGAUUUCCCUGGCAUCACCACAGCGAUCUACAACUUCUGGCUCUAUGAGCUGUGUGACGUCUACCUGGAGAGCGUGAAGCCUGUGCUGAGCCAGGCUGACCAGGAUGCAGCCUUACAGACGGAGGCUGACGUCUGUAGACAGACGCUGUACACGUGCCUGGAGGUGGGGCUCCGCCUCUUGUCUCCCAUAAUGCCCUUCGUCACCGAGGAACUCUUCCAGCGUCUCCCCCGGCGACAGCAGGACAGCCCACCCAGUAUCUGUGUCAUGUCCUACCCAGAGACCUCAGAGUUCUGCUGGCACAGCGAGGAGGUGGACCAGCAGAUGGAGUUCGUGAUGACCGUGGUCAGAACCAUCCGCUCCCUGCGAGCCGACUACAACCUGACCAAGAUCCGGGCGGAGUGUUACCUUCAGUGUAUCGACUCUGACACCGUAGCACUGGUGGAGCAGUACAGGUUGCAGAUCCAGACGUUGUCCUACUCGCAGUCCGUGCACGCUGUGGCGGGGCCCGGGGGUGCAGUCCCGGGGGGGUGUGCCAUCGCCAUCGCCUCCGACCGCUGUACCGUCCACCUCCUGCUCAAGGGGCUGAUCGACACGGAGAAGGAGCUGGCCAAGCUCGCUGUGAAGCAGGGAGAGCUGGAGAAGCAGAUGUGCAAGCUGAAGGAGAAAAUGGAGAAGAGCGAUUACAAGGAAAAAGUGCCGGCUAAAGUUCAAGAGCAGGACAACGAGAAGUUGCGUCAGAGCCAGACUGAAUUCCAGAAGGUGAAGGAAGCCAUAGAGAACUUCAGGAGAAUGAUGUAACCACCAUCUACUAUGGCCCAUGGAUUCCUUUGCUCUCCUGUGUUGAUUCACCUGUUUACACCUUUCCUUGAAAAUUAUAUAAUUUUGCUUUGGAGACUUAUUUAAAUCACCCAGUGCUCGUUUACUUAUCGACGUCCAUAUUCUAUCCGAUUAAUUUUAAAUGCGUUUAGAAGCUCUUCUUCUUUGCCAUCAGCAGUGUGAGAUAUUUGUCUGUGAUGGUCCUCCAGGGGGAGCCAGGCAUUUGGGCAAAUAAAUUCCCAGAUGAAAUUAU